AUGGAUUGAUGUAACGAACGAUAACUCGUACUUCUAAAACAGAAAAAAAUGUCAAAUUGGACAGAUAAAAACAACAAAAUUGAUGUGUCAUACAAUAAAACCAAUCGUUUCAUAUGUGUUGAACAUCCAGCUUUAGUUCAGAACCAUGAAAAGGCAUUAAGUACUAUUGGGGGAGUAAAAAACUUGGAAAAGAUAUAUUCAGAUCCAAUCAAAAGACUACCGUUACAAUGGAGGCCAGAAGAUAUUUACUGCAAGGCUACAUAUGGUGAUAGAACCAAUGUUUCGAACCUAUUAAUGAAAGUUACGAGAAGACGGAGAAAAUCAGACGGUCAUGAAGAAUAUAAAGUAGAAAUAUUGGGUCGUGUGUAUACAACGUACAAGUUUCAAGCAAUGGUAGACUAUCAGUAUUUACCUAUGAAAACGAACAAAGAUGGAAGUCAUGAAAGUAUAUACGAGGAAGUUCGUAUGAAUAAGCUGGUGCCCAGGAAAGAGUACAUGAACGCAGACGUGCCGCUCUUCAUCCCCCCAGUGAUGUUCGCCCGUGUAGAUAGACCGUGCGAGUUCCAUUACAAACAGGAAAUGAAACAUAGGCCAGAUUAUAUAAAUCCGGAUACAGGCAGACCUCCCAAUCUAAUUGGAACAAUUCGUCAGAGGAGGUCAAUAUUUACUAUAUUUGUCAAUUUUGGAGACAAGCUUCCUGCAGGCCCUAUACCAGAGGCUAAGAAAAGAACUCAGGGAGAUUUUGUUGAUCCUAAAUUAGAGAAAAUGCUCAUCGAGUUGUUUGAAGAGAAGCCACUUUAUUUGAAGGUAGAGAUGGAGGAUAAAACGGGUAUCCGUAGUGAUAAACUCAAAAUAUUCCUGCCCGCCAUGUGCUUCUAUUGGCUUGAUGGCCCAUGGAGGGGACAGUGGAACAAGUUCGGGUUCGAUCCUACAAAAGAGGUGUCAGCUAAAAUAUACCAAACUAUAGACUUUAGAGUAAGACAAAUACGACCAGGGCAAGUUGAUAUUAAAGCGAAACGAGACAUUUUAAAGUUAAGCCAGUGGAAUCAGGUGUAUCGGAACCAAAAACAUAAUGUUACGAUCAGCUUGAAAUCACUGGAGGAUAACGCCAAGGAUGAAAAAAGGGAGAAAACUGUUGAUAAGGAGUUGUAUUACAAGUUUAGACAAGACACUGUGCCGCCUCAUCGUAUGAUAUAUUACCCUGUGUGCUACGUAGAGGUGGACGAGGUGCAGGAAUUACUGCAUUCUAAUGAUGGCAAGGUAAAUAUUGACCUUAGUCUAUAA